UGCGGUCACUGACAGUCAGUUGCGUCCCAGUUUAAUUGUUUAUUUUUAAUGAAAUAUAAACAAUUACUUAAGUUGAUUGGCCUAGAUCAAAUAAGAAAAAAUAAAUAAACUUUCUUUAGUAGCAAAGCCCCUUUACUGUACUUCCUUAAAUUACAAUGAAUAACUCGGCGGCAAAGGUUGGCGAAAUAUUUACGGAAGCCGGUGCAGCCUUCAAUAAGCUAGCAGAGAUGACUAUGUUGCUGCAUCCUAUGGCUGAACAAUUGCCUAUGAAUAGUCAACCUGCGACAAAAACCCCUAUUAAGAAGAAGGUAGAGGAGCGACAAACAACUCCAACAAAUGUUGCACCAGCUCAGGCACAACAGAAUGUCCAUAGCACUCCUAUUUCACAACAGGUGACACUCAAUAUGUUGAAUGCUCAGGAAUCUGAAAUGGAUGUAGACGAUAUAGGGAAUGAAGUAAAAUUAGAAUUUGAAGGCAGUACUGAAGAAGUGACCACAUGAAGUGCUUGUGCCUCAAUCACAUAGUCUAGGUAACAAUUGAAUUAAUUGACAAUAAUUAUGAUAUUACAUUAAUUAUGUAUACAA